CCAUGGCUUUCGCUGGCAGGCGUCCCUGCAUGUCGUCCCACCACCUUGUCGGGAUCUCGCGCGGUUUAGAGAAAGAGAAAGAGUCGUCGUCGAAUCGCGGAGCAGCGAGGAAGUGUGCCAUCGUAUCGUCACAGCUUGCGUGUUGGCGGAACACGGUGUUGUGCUCAGCCCUGCGAUAGCGAGAAUAUAAGCGUAGGCGUGCAAACGAGAGGAGAAGAAGAAGAAGAAGAAGAAGAAGAAGAAGACGCGUUACGCCAGAAAAAGAAAAAGCAUCCAAUAACAGAAAACAAAUCUUUCGCCGCCAAUGGGAUUCGGUUCGGCUGAACCGGCGGGAGAGCAGCUGCACCGCCAGACGGCGUCCUCGCAUCCGAUUGGCUAAGGCCCGGCAACCGGCCCUCGGUAGGGCAACGGAUAAACAGUUUUGAAAGGACUCAACUAGUCGAGUGUCUCUACAGUCUCAGAGCAGGACCGGCUGCCCACGGAGCAGCAGCCAGCAACAGUAGCGUGUCGAGCGGUCGGCGUGCGCGUUACGUUGAAUCCCCGGUGUUUUGUCGUGUCGUGUGGUCCUGUGACUUUUAUCAUUUCUCUGUAUUAUUGAAAAGUUUGGUUAAGUCGUUACGUACGCGCUGUGAAGAUAUAGGAUAUUAUUCGCGCUUCUUUGGUCGUUCGCUCGUCUCGUCGUGCAUCCGAUCCGAUCAAGUGGUUUUUCUGUGUCUAAUGUUGUGUGAUGAUGCAGGUUAUUGUUAUAUCCAAUGAAUGUGAUUAAAUAAAGUGUGUGUGUGUGUGUGUGUGUGUGAAAAUUUUGUCGCCCCAAAUAUAUAUAUAUAUAUACACCCACUUAAAUCAAAAUAUUGUAAAACCCACGUGCGUUUGUUGUUACGAUUUAUUUCCGCGUACCGUGACACUGUUUGUCUCUUUUAUUCGUAUAGUUUCAUAGUUUCAUUGCUGCGGGUCAUCAGUGCGAGUUAUUUACCCGAUUGUGUCUCGUGUUGAGAGAAUAAGACUAUUCGAUACAGAAGCUGCGGCUGGCAGGCCUUCGAUUGAGAAGGACGAACCGGCGUGUUUGUUUACCGUUAACGGUUAUCCUUGUCCUUGAGAUUACCAAACAACCUCGGCUCUCAUUCGGCUCGAUGCAUCGCCGGGAAAAAGAGAACGGGAAGAAGAGUGCACUCCGCUCGGCUCGUCGAAUCGGAGGGUAAUGAAGUUGGUCGAAAACUAACUCGAAUUAGUUGUCGUCGCAGAAACGCGGUGUUCAAAAAACUACAAAAAUCUUCCUUGUCUCUUCGAAUUAUCGACCCCACUUUGAAGAUCAGAUCCGAGAGCUCGUUCUGGAAGAAGUUGAAACCCUUUUUUCUGAUCAGUUCGGAAAAUCUUUUGAGAACUGAAAAAAAAAAAAAACCUGACAAAUAACGAUCUAAAAUCUGAUUCCUUCCCAUGAUAGAUUCAAGUUCGUUUCGAAAACUGCGGUAAACACAAGAAGAACAAGAAAUACUUAAUUUUUCUCGCCUUUCCCGCGCAAAUUUGAAAAACUCAGACCAACCAAGAUGGAGAAAACUGACUCGCAGCAGAGUUCGGAUCUCGGCGAUACUCCGCAUUUGUCCUCGCUGAAGAAGCAGCAUCGUUCUUCGAUGCUGUCGUCGAGUCGCAUGAGCACGCGAUCGUCCUACGACAACGCUGACAGCGGAUAUAUAACCCUGAGCUCUCCUCCGUCUGUGAGUUUUGACACUCCGGCAAUGACGUCAGCAACCAGAACGACCGCCGGAAACCGUUUGCGAUCGAACCCUCGUCGUAGAUACUUGCAGACCCGGAGCUCUGAUCCGUGGCCAUCGGAUCGCGCGUCGCGUUUCCGGUGUAAACUAAACACCACGGAAUUGGGUCUGGAGGGCGGCUCGUCGUCGGUACAAGAAGCGCGGGAAAUUCAAAUUCAAAAUCGUCGAACGGCGGCGGACGGUCUAAGCUUGACCUCGGAACUUGAAGACCUUCUACGGCGGCAACACCGCGGUAAAAACGGAAAGGAUGAUAGACUCCUGACCUCUGUUCCGACAACCCCGGCCUCCACCCUGCAGCUUCUUUCGCCACCCCCGUCGCCCGCUGUUCCUUCGCUGUCCUUCAUGGCUUCGGAGCCUGCGGAGGACGAGGCGGACGUCGAAAUGAGCCUAGUCACUGUUCCCCAAAGCACGCCGCACCUCAAUCCGACGACAACGGAGGCUGUUGGUUCACCGACGACGAGCAGGGAGACUCUUACGUUUGCAUCGUCGGUCGAGAACCACAAGAAAAUGAGCAGGCUCAUGAUCACCGAUCCCUCGCUCGCCGAGAUCAGACCCAAGAGGCUAGACUUUAGCCAGAGACCAAAGUUCACCGGAUUAAGAAAGUCUAGGGCGAUUCCCUGCUACGUCGGCAAGAGCAGCGUAGAUUUUAUGAGCGUUCUAGGCGAGGAAAGCGACCACUGGAGGGUCGUCUCAAAGAUACUCGCCUUUCUUGACGCCAAGGAUCUAUGCGCUGUUAGUAUGGUGUCGAAAAGCUGGCGCAGGAUAUGUGAGCGCGAUUCUAGAGCCAGAAUGCGCAGGUAUCACUACGUCAUUCUCAGGCAGAAUAUCAAAGAGAAUCUCAAACUCAUUCAGGCCAAGGCUAAGUCUGAGAGCGACGUUCUUGCCAGUCCAAAGAGCCGCUACGCAAGGAAAGGACUUCUCGUCGAGGUCCAGAAUCUUCUUCAGGUUCCUAAUAGUCAUCACACUCCGUCCAGCCCUCCUGUUUCACCGAGUAAAGUCAAGUUUCACUCGUUUCUAAAGGCUGCCCGUACCCUGGAGCCUUCGAAGCAUCUGGUUCGAUGUCCAGGUUGUUCGUUUGCGUGUCCGGUAAAUGGUGAAAAGAAUACAGCGUCUUGUACGCGACAGGGUUGUUCGAUGGAAUUCUGUAUAUUGUGUUCGUCGCAACACAAAGGCCCGUGUAAAACAGCCUUACUGGCGACGCCGACGAAGAGGAACAAGAGGCUGAUAGCAGGAUCGAGACAGAGCAAAAGGAAUCUCCGAAGAUUAUGAAAUUCAGCGAAAUGAAAAUAUUAUACGCCAAUUGAAACGUCGUCGUCCUAACUUCGUGUCAUGAUUUUCUACUAGUUAUACCUGCAUUAUUCGCAUUCAUAUAUGUGUUGAUUUUUUUUUUUUCAUUCUCCAACGACGUGCGAGGUGAUGAGAUUAUAAGUAGCACGUUGAAUAUUACUGUUUACGUUAUCAUCGAUCUAACUCAGGAUCGUGGAAAUUUCUUUUUUAUUACGUUACAGGCAACAGCUCUAUCGCAGGAAUUCUAUUUACUGUGAAAAACGAACCAGUUAGAAACACGAAACAAGAAGAUAUAUUGCAUUUUCAUUCCAUUCCUCGUAUCGAUCGAUUGAUCUGCCUACAUCAAUUGUCGAAAAAGAAAUAAUUGCAUGCAAAAUUUUUUUUUUUAAAGAAACGAGAACGCAUUCGAAAUUUUUUCUUUGAAAUUAAACGCAAAAGAGAUUAUCAAAUACAACUUUCAAAAAUGUGACGAUCGAAAACUUGCUUUUUUUAACAAACCACUACAUCGCUUUCGGUAUGAAUUUUAUUUAUUGAUUUAUGCAUUUCUUUCUUUGCUUGUUGAAUCAAGCUCAGUGAGUAGCUGUUGAAUAAAUAUCAUUUCCGAUAUU